AUGGUGUUUACAGCCAUGUGUUUUCUUUGUGAUCACUGGAGAUCAGCCGCAAUUGCAACUUCUUUGCUUACGUGUCCCACAUUGCUGGCCAUAGCUUUCAUGCUGCCUGAAACUCCGAAAUGGUAUAUGAGCAAAGGACGACAUGCUGACGCAAAAAAGUCAAUCGUCACGCUGAAAUAUCUAAGUGGGCGAGAGGAUGAGGGCAGUUAUGGCAAAUUUCAAGCAGCGUCUCCAGAAAAAACCUAUACAAUGAAGGAUCUGCUCGCCGACAAAAAGAUAGCUUUUCACGCACUUAUACUGUGCACUUUGUGGUUUGCAACAAGUUUAUCUGCGUUCGGAAGCGACUUGAACUCUGGGAAUCUACUUGGCGAUUUCUACGUAAAUCAGCUAGCUUCGGGUGCAGUUACAGCAUUCGCCAAGAUAGUGAGUAUUAGGUAUUAUAUUGUUUGGAUUAGUCCAUUACCGUACGAAAUCGAUGAGCACGUAAGCAAUUAAUA